GAUAGAUGUACUGUUUGUUAUAUAAAGGACAACAGCAGGCCCGCAAAAACACUGGACAUGGAUAGGGUGUCAGUAUAAAGGGAGAGGAGUUCUGAAAUCAGCAGUUGGAGGUGAUUCAAGGCUUGGGAGGUGAGGAAUUAUCACUGUGCUGACAGAAUGGCUCAGUUAUUGUGGGUAUUUCUUGUGCUCGCUGUAACGGUCAGAGAUACAUUGCCACAAAGGAUCAUCGGGGGUCAAGAGGUCGUGCCUUACUCUGUCAAAUACCAGGCGUCUCUUCAGGUUGAGAGGAAGCAUUAUUGUGGUGGAACCCUCAUUCAGCCACAAUGGGUGUUGACUGCUGCCCACUGCUGGAGACCGGCCACCAUGAUUCAGGUAGUGCUGAGUGAGCACAGUCUUGCUGUAGAAGAGGGAUUUGAGCAAGUAUUUAACGUGUCCAGAAUCUACAGUCAUUUUGCCUACAAUCCAAAAACUUUUAACAAUGACAUCCUGCUCAUUAAGCUCAGUGUUCCAGCCCAGAUUAAUGCUUAUAUUCAACCGGCCACACUUCCAACCAUAGACAGCCCUGAUUUAAUUGGAGGAACCAGCUGCACUGUGAGCGGAUGGGGAGUGACGCGAAUAUACAGCUUCUAUCUGUCACCGAUUCUGCGUGCGGUGGAUGUGGCGAUCAUCAGCUCCUGCCAAUACUACUACUACUUCAGAGUCAACGACAACAUGAUCUGUGCGGGCUCUCGCUUUGGUGGAAAAGACGCCUGUCAGGGCGAUUCAGGCGGUCCUCUCAUUUGUGAUGGGAUUUUAGAAGGCAUUGUGUCAUGGGGAAUUGGCUGUGCUCUUCCGUACUAUCCUGGUGUCUACACAAAAGUGAGAAACUACAACCGAUGGAUUGACUGGAUCAUCAGCUCUGACAGCUAAAACACAGGUUUAACUGAAUGUGGGAAGGCUUUCCUUCAAUCUGAAUUAAGUAUGUAAUUUAACAAUAAAUCCUACUUCAAGUA